UGCAGCGAACGGGGAGGAGGGAGGAAGGAUGAUCAUCCGGGGUGAACUCGGAGCCGUUGGCGAGCCGUUAUUCCGCGUUUAUCGAUUGCCAGCAGCCCAACGGCUGGUGCGGCACCCGGAAAAGCUCUGAGCGGAUUUUCCCCCUUUUAUACACACAGACACAUGUUGUACAACACGCCCUGCUGCUGCUCCGUGGUUGCGCGUGUGCGUGGCCUACUCGCCAUCACCACCUGCACGCGGGACAUCCUCCUCGAUGACGCGGGUGCCAAACAAACACAGACAUUUUUCCAUGCCCGCGUUUUUUCUCAAUCGAGGACGCAACUUCUUGGACAUACAUUUGACAGAUGGAAUUUGUGCGCGCACGACCAAGACUAUACGUAAAAGAGGCUGAUCUAUUGUAACACAUUAUUUUAUCAUUUUCGGUACUAUUGUACAAUUAUUGUUUGAUGAUGUGUUGGAUGUGACGAGUAUAUGUUCGAUAAUCAAAGGCGGUGUAUGCAUAUUGUACACGCGCGGACAAGAAACGAAAGAGGAAACUAUAAUACAUAUAUGACACCAAAGAAGAUAUUAGAGGCCCUAAAUAAGGAGUUAAGAGAUAAUCCAAUACAAAAAUAUUGAUGUAGUUACGUAUGAAUCGUACACAAAUAGCUGUAUAUAUAUAUAUUAUACACACGAAGGGUAAACAAAGCCGAUAGAAGAUGUUCAAGUGUUGCGUGUGCCACGGCAAGACGUCGAGGCGAACGAGCACCGAGGAGGAGGACGAGGAGGACGAGUCGUCGUCCAAGGACGUAGACGACGAAGGCACCUCGUCUUCGUCGUCAUCGUCGUCCUCUUCGACAAGCUCCUCCUCGACGAACGACGACGAGGACGAGGAGGAGCGUAAAAUCGAGGAGGAGCUGGCCCAGAAGUUCAAGUGCCCGGACACCCAAGCGGCCGUCCCUGUGACGGGGCCCAAGGAGACGCUCGCGGAAGUCAACGAGGAGGAGGUCGAGAGGGUGGUGGUGGAGGUGAACGGGGUGGACCGGGAGGUCAUCAGGGAGGCCAUGCGAGAGGAGGUGGUCGAGAUAUUGAACAACGCGGCGAAGAUAGCCAACGACAUACGCGGCAAGGGCGAGCUGCUCGAGAAGAUCAAGGAGGAGUCGGGCGAGGAGAGCACCGGGGAGGCCACGCCGAAGAGCGAACGACACCUCGGUACGCCUCCUCCCCCACUGCCGUUGGAGAACGGCGAGGAUAAACCCGAGCUGGGUAAGGGCGAGAGCGAGGAGACCGAGGAGGAGGUCGUCACUGUCAUAGAAGAGGACGACGAGGACGAGGGCGAGUACGUGGUCGAGGACGAGGAGGCUGUGGCCAGUAAAGCUGUUGUGGAGAGGAGCAAGAUCGAGGAGAUGAUCAUCGAGGAGCUGAUCAACGAGGUCAACGACGAGACCGAGGAGCUCCAGGAACUGAAGGAGAUCGUCGAGUCCCAGAAGGAGGAGGAGGAGGAGGUGGAAUCGGCACCAGAGACUGGCGGAGUUGCGGCUGACGACGAGGAAACGGCCGGUCCACCGGAAGGAGAGGAACAGUCGCUGCCUCCACCGCCCACCUGCGAAGUCGAGAUCGUCGACGAGCUCAAGAAGAGCGACGUCCAUAGGGUCGAGGACCACGCGAACGGUGGCUCGGAGGAGAAGGAGGAGGAGGUGGAGCAACGGCAGCCCGAGACGGACCUGUUGAACAUCCCGCCGCCGUCGACCCCACCGCCCGAGGAGGCCGCGGACUUUGAGAGGCUGGACGAAGCCCGGGCGCGGCUGGACUUCCCGACGCCACCGCCGAUAGACUUCGACGUGGCCGAGACCGACCGGGAGGACGAAGGUGAGGACGACGAGGGGGAGGACGAGACGGACGAGGAGUACGGCAAGCCCGGGUUGUCGGGGCCUCCGGCGCCACCGCCCUGGGAGGACGAGGGGCUGCGGGAUUAUCUGCCGGUGGUGCAUCAGCACUCGGGCAAGCCGUGCCCGUCGCCGGGCAGCAAGAGCCUGCCGAGUCCGCCGUCGCCGGGCAGCGAGACAGACGCGGGCAACGAGACGGAAGCCGAGUCCAGCAGGAGCAGCGGCGACGAGCAGACCGUGACGACCAAGAUGACGGUGGGGGGCAAACUCGGGGCGCCUCCCGUUGGACUGGUGGUCGCCAAGAAGGCCUACAUCGAGAGGACGAUCGACGACGGCCCUGACGAGGAUGGGGACGACUCGGUCUUCGAAACGGAGUCGCUCGCCAAGGACGGGUCCACCGAGGACGUCAAGGACUUGCCGCCUCGGCCAGUGCCACCAGUGCCCCGAUGGCUGUCCCAGGAGGAGGACGAGCCCGAGACGAGCUGCAGCUCGGAGGGCCUAGGCGGCAUGCAGGACCCGCCUAACACGCCGAUCGCCCGGGACGAGCUGGCCAUGCGCCGGCACCGCUUUUUCUCGGACCUGCUGCAGGCCGCGCGCAGCACGGCCGAGCACCGCGUCAGUUUCGAUCCGCUCGGCCCUCUGGUGCAUCCCGGUUGCGAUCACGACGAGCGCGAGGAGCACUUGGAGGAGUUGGUGAACCGUCUCGAGAGCGUGACAAAGCGCCUCGAGCAAGUGACCUCGACGAGCUGCCCGCACCACCAGUCCCAGGCCCAUCAAUCGAGCGGGACAUCUGUCGUAAGGACAACGCAAGAGAUCGCCGUCCAGACGAAGUCCCCGUCACCCGAGCGCUCGCUCUCCCUAGCCGACGAGCCGUCCCAGUCGUCCUCGGCCUCAACGGUAUCGUCCGCCCCCUCGGUCGUCGAGGUCGUCAAAAGCAUGUCGCUCGCCGCUUACGAGGACAUCAUCGCGGGUCCCCUGCAGAACUAUGUUAAGAUCAGCCAGAAAAUCGGCGGACUCGUCGCCGAGCACUCGGCGCUCAUCGAGAAGGCCUUCAAGAUCCAGCUGGAGUUCUUGAAGACCGCAGCUUCGCGUCCGGCGCCAAGCGACUCCGAGCUGGUAGCUCUGCUGGCCCCGACCUCGAAGCAGAUCUCCGCGGUCCUGGAGUACCGCGAAAAGAACAGGGGCUCGGAUUUCUUCAACCACCUGUCCGCAGUUGGCGAGAGCGUCCUGGCCCUCGGCUGGGUCACCGUUGCCGCGACUCCUGCGCCCCACAUCAAGGAGAUGAGCAACUCUGCACAAUUUUACAUCAACCGCGUGCGCAUGGAGUGGAAGGAAAAGGACAAGACACACGUGGAGUGGUGCGAGGCCUGGGUGAAGAUACUCACGGAUCUGCACCAGUUCGUGAAGCAGCACCACACGACCGGCCUGGUGUGGGCCAAAAGCUGGACAGGCCCGCCACCACCCCCGCCGCCGAGCAUGAUGCCAAUGCCCGAGCCCGUUCUAUUCGACGCCAACGACGAUCGCAGUGCUCUCUUCGCCGAGAUCAACCAGGGCGAGAACAUCACGAAAAAUCUAAAAAAAGUAACCUCAGAUAUGCAAACGCAUAAGAAUGCUAGUUUAAGAACGGGACCGGCGCCUUUCAAAGCUCCUGUAGUAAGUAAUAGCUCGCCCGGCAAGACCUCGCUCCCGGCUAAUGCACCGAUCGACAAGCCACCGGUCUUUACUCGCGAUGGCAAGAAGUGGAUUGUGGAAAACCACAAGGGUAAUCAAAAUUUAGUAAUCGACAACACUGAGAUGAACAACGUCGUGUAUAUAUUCCGCUGCCAGGACAGCGCCAUAACAGUCAAAGGCAAAAUUAACUCCGUUGUUAUGGACUCCUGUCGCAAAUCCGCUAUCGUCGUUGACUCUGUAGUAGCUAGUAUCGAGUUUGUGAAUUGUCAAAGUGUUCAGAUGCAGGUGUUUGGGAAAAUCCCGACGAUUUCCAUCGACAAGACUGACGGCUGUCAAAUGUACCUUAACAAGGAGUCGCUGGAUGUUGAACUGAUCACGAGCAAGUCCAGUGAAAUGAAUGUCCUGCUGCCCGACAAAACUGGAGAAGAUUAUGUGGAGCUUCCAGUACCGGAACAGUUUAAAACGCGCAUCAAUGAGAAGGGACUGAAGCUCAGUACAACUGCUGUGGAGUCGAAAUAAUUUUUUAGUCUAAAAAAAAAAAUACUCGAUUCAUAUACUUAUGCUAUCAUUUACUAAAGAUAAUUUAUCUGACGAUCAGUAACUUAUUAUUUUCUUGCAUACCUUACAUUAUACCAUACACACAUAUAUAUAUAUAUGUAUACUUUAUUUACUACUAUCAACUAACUCCCAUUUUGACCUACCGAUCGUGCUUUUACACGGUUGCGUUUUUUAUGUCAGUCCUUUGUACGAUUUUCAAGUAACGUUUCAUUAAACUUUUUUUUUUUUUUGACGUUUUUGGAGAAAAAUCGUGGUGGUUUUUGAUUUUUCACGUCGAACGAAUUUUUAAAUAAGAUUAGAAAAAUUGACAAAAAAAUUUAUACUAAGUGAAAACCCUCUUAUUAACAAGAAACUUGAGAUAAUGAGUAUUGAGAUUGAAGGUAAUGACGAAAACGCAUUAGGCUUCCGAUAAUGAAAAAGAACCAUUGAAAUCCGGACGAGAGUUUUGCCUGUAAUCUUUUAUACCUUUACAAUUUUGUAAUAUGCUAAUCCUGAGCACGACUUCUGGCGGUGGGAAUUGAAAGUUCGUAUAUUUAUGCCUAGGAAUUUCUCCAACUGCAACUACAUAGACUUAAAAAAAGUAAUAAAAUAAAGGAACGACGAAUAACGCAUUCUUCAAAAUCACAAAAAAUAAAAAAAAAAAACGUGAUAAGUGUAUCAGACGCUCUGAAUUCCAAUGGUGCAAAGUGAUGAUUUUUCCGAUGUAUACUUGUGCUAAUUUUACCUAUAGAUUACCUCUUAUUUAUAAGCUCUAGCGUUGAACAAGUUGCCUAAAAAACACUAUUUACAAGUGAAAAAAAAAAAAAAAAAAAAAGAGGGAGGAAUGAAAAAAGUAAUAGUAAAAACUACACGAGAUGCGUGUACUUUUCAAACAGUAGCAAUAUCAGAUCAAUUCGAGAAUUCCGUGAAAGGAAGCUACGGAGAUGAAAAUAUUUGCGCCUCAAAAAAUUCUCAGCACGUGUAAGGCUGACUAGCGGCAAUAACGUUCCGAAUUGUUAACCCCCUUGCAAACCUACUUUAUUUACUCGGUAACUUUUUAGUAAGUCAAAUCAACUAAAAUGUAAAAGCCUAAAACUUCUUUUAAUUAUUUUCAGCAACGUUUUUGUCUAUUGUCUUGGUCUCUAAAUAAAAAAUCAUUGAGCCAAAA